AAUACAUGGAGCACAAAUUAACCAUUGAUAGGAUUACUCCACAAACAAAAGAGUGGACAUUAAAGGUACAACUCAUUGAGAAACCGCGGCCAAGGCAAAGUAAAGAUGGAAAGACGCGAUUCCAGAUUGCUGUUGUCCGAGAUGAAAGAGAAGAGCAAGUAGCCGCUGUUCUGUACGGGGAAGACAUAGAAAAGUAUGUAGACAAGCUCACCCCGUUUUCCACUUACUUGAUAUCUACUGCAAAAGUGAGGGUUCCUUUACCCUACGAAGUGCCUAUCAACCGUUUUGAAUGGGUUAUUGACAAAUUCACUAUCGUCGAAGAGGUGAAAGAUGAUAACAUAUAAGACCCAC